CUUUUUCAGAGAUGGAAGCCAUUGUUUGAUCAGUAUGAUUAUAAGGGAAGAGGGGAAAUAAAUGUGGAAGACUUCCAGAGAUUGUUAUGUCAUCCGCGACUGAAAGCAGACAUGGAUUGUCAUACCUUGGAUAUUCUGGAAAUAAAGAUCCGAGAAUCGUGUAAACCAACGGUCACCUAUCAAGAAUUUAUCAACAUUAUGAGCAACAGAAGAAAUCCAAGUUUUCGUCUAGCAGUUGAAAGUCGCGAUAAAGAAGGAUUAUCCAGUAACGUUUGUCUACAAAAUCGAAGCUAUCCAACGAGUUGUUUUGGUAAAAUGGUGCGGAAGGUAGCAAAUGAUUUUCUGACAGAUGAGAUAGACCGUCAGUAUUAUUCUGAUAGAUAUACCUGUUGCCCUCCACCAUUGUUUCUACCAUUAAUUACUGUUAUUGAGGUUGGUUGUUUUAUAUAUUAUUGUCUAGAAGCUGGUGAAAUUGGUCCAAACAGUCCCCUACCAUUAAAUAGUAUUUUUAUCUACCGUCCAGAUAGGAGGCUGGAGUUGUGGAGAUUUUUCCUUUAUACUUUUAUACAUGCAGGCUAUAUACACCUAAUGUUUAAUAUGAUUGUACAGAUAGCUGUUGGUAUACCAUUAGAAAUGGUACAUGGUUCCUGUCGUGUUGGUAUUAUAUAUCUGGCUGGUGUAUUAGCUGGUUCAUUAGGAACAUCAGUAUUCGAUAUAGAUGUAUUUUUAGUGGGAGCAUCAGGUGGUGUUUAUGCUCUCUUGGCAGCUCAUUUAGCCAAUGUUUUAUUAAAUUAUUCUCAUAUGGAAUUAGGCUUGUUAAAAUUAGCAGGGAUAUUUAUUAUAGCAAGUGCGGAUGUAGGUUUUGCCAUAUGGGAUAGAUAUACACAUAAAGAUACCAAUCCUCCAGUUGGCUAUACAGCUCAUUUAAUGGGGGCUCUAGCUGGUUUAACUAUUGGUCUUGUGGUGCUGAAAAAUUUUGAACAAAAAUUACACGAACAAUAUGUUUGGUGGAUAGCUCUAGCAGUGUAUUUAGGAUGUGCUGUGUUUGCAGUGUUUUGGAAUAUUUUCUACUAUUAA